UACUCGCUAUCACCUACAACUUUGGGGAGUGAAAAGUUCAUCAGAGCCGGUUGUUGCACGUUGUGAUCGUGUGUAAAGUCAUACCAUUUGCAUCGGUGUAAAACCCGUAGGAGAUUGCGGAUAUGGCGUCUGUGUCCGAGGGGAUGUCGUGUUACACGAUAAUAAAUCCUCCCGAAAUCGAGCCGUACAAUGAAAUGCAACUAAAGCAGGAUCUCGAGAAGGGCGAAGUGAACGUGAAAAUAGAAACGUUGAAAAAAGUGAUCCAGCUAAUGCUGCAGGGAGAACGGCUACCGAACUUGCUGAUGACGAUCAUUCGGUUCGUGCUUCCGCUGCAAAACCAUACCCUCAAGAAGCUGCUGCUGAUCUACUGGGAGAUUGUCCCGAAAACCUCCGCCGAUGGGAAACUACUGCAGGAGAUGAUACUGGUGUGCGAUGCGUACCGGAAGGAUCUGCAGCACCCGAACGAGUUUCUUCGCGGCGCCACGUUGCGAUUCCUCUGCAAGCUAAAGGAACCGGAGCUGCUCGAACCCCUAAUGCCAACCAUUCGGACCAGCCUCGAGCACCGCCACUCAUACGUUCGACGCAAUGCCGUGCUGGCCAUUUUCACCAUCUACAAGAACUUCGAUUGGCUCGUGCCAGAUGGUCCGGAGUUGAUCGCAAACUUCCUCGACACCCAGCAGGACAUGUCGUGCAAGCGAAACGCUUUCCUGAUGCUGUUGCAUGCCGACCAGGAGCGAGCGCUCAACUAUUUGGCCUCCUGUCUCGAUCAGGUGAGCAACUUUGGUGACAUCCUGCAGCUGGUGAUCGUCGAGCUGAUCUACAAGGUGUGUCACGCGAAUCCGGCCGAGCGGUCGCGUUUCAUACGGUGUAUCUAUAAUCUGCUAAACUCGUCCUCGAACGCCGUGCGCUACGAAGCGGCCGGCACGCUCGUCACUCUGUCCACCGCUCCCACGGCAAUCAAGGCCGCCGUAAGCUGCUACAUCGAUCUAAUCGUCAAGGAGAGCGAUAACAACGUGAAGCUGAUCGUGCUCGACCGUUUGAUUGCGCUGAAGGAGAAUGAAAACAUCGAGCGCAUCAUGCAGGAGCUGGUGAUGGACGUGCUGCGUGUCCUCAGUGCCACGGACAUCGAGGUACGUCGCAAAACCCUUGCCCUAGCGAUGGACCUGGUGUCCUCGCGCAACAUCGAAGAGAUGGUGCUGGUGCUCAAGAAGGAAGUGUCCAAGACACACAACAUCGAGCACGAGGAUACGGGCAAGUAUCGGCAGCUGCUCGUGCGCACGCUGCACAGUUGUUGCAUCAAGUUCCCCGAUGUGGCCGCGGCCGUCAUUCCGGUGCUGGUUGAAUUUUUAUCCGACUCGAACGAGCUCGCUGCGGGCGACGUGCUGGUGUUUGUGCGGGAAGCGAUUCAGAAAUUUUCGCACCUGCAGCCGCUGGUGAUCGAAAAGCUGCUGGAAGCGUUCCCGGCGAUCAAAUCGGCCAAAAUUCACCGCACUACGCUGUGGAUUCUUGGCGAGUACGCAAACUCGUUGAAGGACAUCAUGGAAGUGAUCGGCGUUGUCAAUCGUGCGCUUGGCGAAGUGCCGAUAGUUGAGGCCGAGCAGAGCCGUCUCGCGGGCAAUGAAACCAGCGAGGAGGAACAAAAACCAGCGGAGGUGGUCAAUAACACCAACAAGGUGACUUCCGAUGGCACGUACGCCACGCAGAGCGCGUUCAGUGUUGCACCGGUCACCAAAAAGGUGGAACGGCCUCCAUUGCGGCAGUACAUGAUGGAUGGCGAUUUCUUUGUGGCGGCCACGCUUGCAUCGACGCUGACUAAGUUGGCGCUCAAGUUUAUCCAGCUGGAGCCAAAUGAGAAGAAACAGAAUCGUUUGUGCACGUGCGCUAUGCUUAUCAUGAGCUCGAUUUUGCACCUCGGCAAGUCCGGCCUGCCGACGAAGGCGAUCACGAACGACGACACCGAUCGUAUCUAUCUCUGCCUGAAAACGCUCAGCUUGCGCACACCCGAGGUGGUGGAAAUCUUCACCCAAAGCUGCCGGAAUGCCCUGGCGCACAUGCUUAGCGCGCAAAGCGAAGAGAAGGCUCAGGAGAAGAAGGACAAGCUACAGAAGAACGCGGCCAAAAUUCAACCGGACGAUCCGAUCGCGUUCACACAGCUGGCUAACGGGAAGAACGAUCAGCUUGGAGAGAACGUGUUCGAGCUUAGCCUCAAUCAGGCGCUCGCGGGUACGAAGAGCACGGCGCUGACCGACAUUGCCUCGCCGAACAGCAAACUCAACAAGGUCAAUCAGUUGACCGGCUUCUCCGAUCCGGUGUACGCGGAGGCCUAUGUGCACGUCAAUCAGUACGACAUCGUGCUGGACGUGUUGAUCGUGAACCAGACGAGCGACACGCUGCAGAACUGUACGCUCGAGUUGGCCACGGUCGGUGAUCUGAAGCUGGUGGAGAAACCGCACCCAGUCGUGCUGGCUCCGCACGAUUUCUGCAACAUCAAGGCAAAUGUCAAGGUGUCCUCCACGGAGAACGGCAUCAUUUUCGGCAAUAUUGUUUACGACACGACGUUCUCGUCGAAUGUGGUCGUACUGAAUACGAUUCAGAUCGACAUCAUGGACUACAUUCUACCGGCCACCUGCACCGACACCGAGUUCCGGACGAUGUGGGUCGAGUUCGAGUGGGAGAACAAGGUGUCGGUCAACACGACGCUCACCGACCUGCACGACUACCUGCGGCUGCUGCUGAAGUCGACCAACAUGAAGUGCCUCACCCCGGAGAAGGCACUAUCGGGCCAGUGUGGAUUUAUGGCUGCCAAUAUGUACGCAAGAUCAAUUUUCGGCGAGGAUGCUCUGGCCAAUCUCAGCAUCGAGAAGCCACUGGAUCGACCGGACGCACCCGUUACCGGCCACAUUAGAAUACGCGCCAAAAGUCAGGGCAUGGCACUGAGUUUGGGCGAUAAAAUAAAUCAUACGCAAAAGUGCUUGCAGGAGAAAUCGGUUGCCGCCUAAUGUCGUCAUCCCCUGUCGUCAACGCCCGCAUUUUAGUAUUCUUCUCCCUUGUGGUCACCUUAGCACGACGUACACGUUGAGAUACGAGAGAGAGAGAGAAAGUGGAAAAAUAUCUUCUUUCAUAUUUCCGCUUACAUAGCGAACAUUUCCGGAUGUGACGCGAGUAGACGGCCUCUGCUAAAGCAGGAUGGAACAUGAAGCAUUCAAAAGAUUACGAAAAAUUAUGCUAGGGGACUUCUUUAGGGGUGCACCGUUUUUCUCCCACAGAAAACAGCAAUUUGUUUGCCGCAGCCGGGGUUUCGACAUGAGGUAUCGAGUCUCCAUUCCUAUAUUUUCUAUUUUUUUUUAAAUAUUAACAGUUAUCUAUUCGUGUACAGCAUUCGAUGGGAAGCAGAAUGUUGUGGCAUGAAUACUAUCGUAUAAUAAAAAAAAGAAAAUCUGUU